AUGACCGGGGUAGUCGGCGAGCCAUCCGGAAGCCACGAGUUCUUUGGCAGCAGCAGCGCGGGCUCGUUCAUGCGACAGAUGCAACGGGCAAUUGAUUCCCGACUAGGGGUAGGGAAUGAUAAUGCAGGGGCUGGCAUCGUCGGAGUCAUAUCCGCCGACGGCCUAAGCGUCACGCAGCGGCCGUUCUCGACCAAGCCCUCAAUCGAGUAUGUCCUUCCUCCGCGAAAAACCGCGGACGAGCUGGUGCAUUCAUACUGGGAGCUCGUGUACCCGCUAUAUCCCUUCCUCGACCGCGACUCGUUCCAGCGUUUCUAUGAAUCAGUCUGGACAGGCUCAGGCCCAGGGCCAGCCCCAGACGAAAGCGUCCUUCUCUGUACGAUGAACGUCAUCUUCGCGCUCGGGACCCAAGUAUCCGGAACAAUCGAGCCCGAGCAGCGCUGGGAAAAGGCAUAUACGUAUUUCCUAAGAGCGGAUCAUAUCCGGGAACAUGAUCUGCGGGACAACGGGUCUGUGAGUCUGGUGUCGUGUCUGCUCUUGAUGGGUAUUUAUUUGCAAAGUGCCAAUAUCCCGCAGAGGUGCUGGAUGGUCGUGGGUCAUGCUAUUCGAAUGGCGCAGAGCUUGGGUUUGCAUCUUCCGGAUUAUAAUGCUCCGGGGAGAUCGCUGCGUGGGAGGGAAGUGGUGAGGAGGAUUUGGCAUGGGUGUAUUCUUAUGGAUCGCGUCCUGGCCAUGACCUUUGGCCGUCCAGCUAUGAUCCCGAAAUGGCUGUCCGCCGUGGUCCCCCUGCCCAGCAUGAUCGACGACGAGUUCCUGGAUCUGCAAGUUGAAGGGUCUUCGAUUCGACCAGACAACGAGCCGUGCAUAAUGGAAUUCUACGUAUCCCAGCUCAAGCUGCACGACAUCAUGGACAACAUCCUCCUCAAGCUCUACAUGGACCACGGCGGACGACAACACCCCGACGUAGUCACCGUGUUCAAGCUAGACGAGGACCUCAUGAACUGGACUGCUGGUCUGUCGGCUGAACUCCAACUGGACGCGCCGUUGAAACAUCGAGAGUCUGUCCGUCAUCGGUUGGCGGUGGUCAAUCGAGUUCGCUUCUUCCACGCACGCAUCUUAUUACUGCGGCCGAUUCUGGCCCAGUUCUGCCUGUCCCAUCACGCCGUAAGACCGAUCGAGAGUCUGGCUAGUCGAAUGGACAUCCAAUGCUCGAGUCUGUGUCUUGAGACGGCCCAUCGAUCCAUCGAUCUGAUCUACUCGCAUCUGAACCAGGACAUGGUAUUUGGACCGGUGCCAGCCUGGUGGUAUUCCGUGCUCUACGUCUACACAGCCGCCACCGUCCUACUAGCUGAGCGAAUCCGCCCGGAGAUCGGCACCACCAUCGCGCAGUACUCCAACGUCGUGUCCUGGCGCCGCGCCAUUCAAAUUCUCAAGGCAUAUGCGCGCAUCGGCACCUCCGCCAAACGAUGCGUCGCUGCGCUGGAGAUCUUAUCAGCCAAGAUCCCAGCCGCUCACUCUUCUGAGUUGCUUCAGGCCGACGAUGCUGAUCCCACCGUGUGUACGGAACCGGCGAACCCGGUUCCGUUUCCUGAUAGCGAUCUGUUCAGUCGUGUUGAUCUCGACGGUAUAUUCCUGGAUUUGGAUGAUAUGGGUUGGUUGCAGAGUGGACCGGAAGCGUGGCGGACGAGUAUGAAUUGA